GGGAUUGGUAUUUAAAACGGAAGUAAUUUGCUGUCAUUUCUGGACAGGUGUGGAUGUACCGUGUAUGAAAGCAGUAGAUGUGUACGAAAACAGUAAAUCACAUGUGUUGUCAGUACCGGUAAUUCUUCCCCCUUUAAAUGCCAGCAGUAUUUCUAGUCAGGGAUUCUUCUUUAAUUUGUCUUGUCUGACAUACUUUGCUGAGUCCGUGCGAUUUCCUUUGGAGUCAAUUCUACUUCUAGCCGGGAACUGUAUCUGUUUUUAUUCUUUAGCCACGGAGGUCAUGAUACUCUGUGUUCUGCCUUGAGUGAUAGACUGCAGCAGCACUUAGAACUUGAAAUUUUUUUUCGUGCGAGUCGUAUUGCCUUAUGUGGAUUAUGAAUAAAUGCUGAACUGGAAGUCUGAAUAAUACUCCUGGCAAUGUAUAACUGAAAAUGGUGAAUCGUGGUCUGUAGACCUAGAAAAUUUCUCAAACGGUUAACCACCCACUAGAAUGAUGCAUCUCAAUGUCAAACGAGGAAAUGUAUUAUUAUGGAAUGUUUUUGCGAUAAAGUGUGACCUGUGGAGUAGAUAGUUAUUACAAAAAGGAUUCAGUCAUUUUAAUCGUUUUUUUUUUCAAAAGAAAUGUUUUCAUGUGGCAUUUUGUGUGUUAGUGGAGAGAAGGCUUCGACAGCCGCAAUUUUUCAAUAAGAUAAUUUUUAAUUCUAACUGAAGUCACUCACCCAUUGUUCUUUAGAAAUGGCCGUCCAGACAUCUCUUUUCAUGAUGCUUGGUUUCCGAUGUGCUGCCAGAUGUGUUUGGUUUCAUCCAACUUCAUUACUACAAGUCCAUAACUUAAUCAGAACUAAUGAAAGAAAGCUUUCCAAUUUUAAACCUUCAUCCAAGAGAAGUUCUGCAGAUUUCAAUAGUUUUGCCUUAAGAAGCCAUACGUGCGGCGAGCUGAGGUCUGCUCAUGUUGGCCUGGAGGUUACUCUGUGUGGCUGGAUUCAGUACCAGAGACAUAAUCUCUUUGUGGUCUUGCGAGAUUUCCAUGGACUGACGCAAGUGGUCCUGUCAGAGAAGGAGGGGAGUGAAGAUCUGAAGAAGAUUCUUUUAGAAACUCCUGUUGAAUCUGUUGUGCGAGUGACUGGAACUGUUAUCCGUCGACCUACGGGUCAAGAAAACCCAGAGAUGCCUUCAGGAGAAAUUGAAGUUCUAGUGAAGGAUGCUGUGGUACUAAACACCUGCCAGAAGCUGCCGUUUGAAAUUAAAGAAUUUGUAAAAAAAUCGGAGGCUUUGCGUAUGCAGUACCGUUAUCUAGAUUUGCGUAACUUUCAGAUGCAGUAUAACCUACGUCUGCGAUCUCAGGUAGUAAUGAAGAUGAGAGAAUACCUGUGUAACAUACAUGGUUUUGUAGAUGUUGAGACUCCAACACUGUUUAAAAGAACCCCAGGGGGUGCUAAAGAGUUUGUAGUCCCUUCGAGGGAGCCAGGGAAAUUUUAUUCUCUUCCUCAGAGCCCACAGCAAUUCAAGCAAUUGCUGAUGAUUGGAGGUAUAGACAGGUACUUCCAGGUGGCUCGUUGUUACAGAGAUGAAGGGUCAAAGCCUGACAGGCAGCCUGAAUUCACACAGAUUGAUAUAGAAAUGUCAUUUGUAAAUCAAGCUGGUAUCCAGGCAUUGAUAGAGGGUUUGAUCCAGUAUUCCUGGCCAGAAGAGAAAGGAUCCAUCGUCACACCCUUCCCGUCAAUGACAUAUGCAGAAGCUAUGGCUACCUAUGGGACAGACAAACCAGAUACACGGUUUGGAAUGCAGAUUGUUGAUGUGAGUGAAGUGUUCAAAAACACAACUCUCCCUUUUGUACAAGAAGCCUUAAAUAAUCCUAAUGGCUUUGUCCGAGUCAUCUGUGUGCCUGAAGGAGCGAAAUUAUUGAGGAGAAAAGACCUGGAUGCUUUAGAAGAACUAGCAGAAAAACAGUUUAAUCAGGAGAUUACAUUGGCUGUUUUGCGACCUGAUGGCACCUGGAAAUCUUCUCUCGGCAAAUUCCUAAGUGAUGAACUACGAGUGAAUGUCUGCACUAAGGCCAAAGCAAACGCAGGAGAUGUAUUGGUAUUUGCUUCAGGAGAGCACAAGAAAGUGUGUUCUGUCCUUGGCAAACUACGACUGGAGUGUGCCAGUAUGCUGGAGGAGAAGGGGGUUAUCCUCCGAGAUCCCAGUCUGUACACAUUCCUCUGGGUUGUUGAUUUUCCCUUGUUCCUUCCCAAGGAAGAAAACCCUGAAGAGUUGGAGUCGGCCCACCAUCCUUUUACAGCCCCCAGACCAGAGGAUGCUGAACUCGUAUACACCCACCCUGAAAAAGUUCGUAGUCAGCACUAUGACCUAGUACUGAAUGGCAGCGAGAUAGGAGGUGGCUCCAUACGAAUACAUAACUCAGACCUGCAGCGUUAUGUGAUCGAGAAAGUACUGAAGGAAGAUGUUGGAUUGCUUUCUCAUCUGUUGGAUGCUUUGAACUCUGGAGCACCCCCUCAUGGAGGCAUUGCUCUAGGACUGGACAGAUAUAUUUCUCUUCUUGUGGGUGCUCAGAGUAUCCGAGAUGUCAUAGCAUUUCCCAAGUCUUUCCGAGGUCGAGAUCUAAUGAGUGGCUCUCCAGACUGGGUGUCCAGUGAUGACCUGAAACCGUACCACGUCCAGGUCAGCUGGCCUGCUGACUCACAGAGUGAGAUACCUGAUGAAGAAACCUACAAUGUUAGAAGAUGGUGCUAUGCUUUGAAAUUGGACAGAGAAACAAGUCUGAAUGCAGCUGAUUGUAAAAAUGCACCUCAAAACAGUACUGAUAUUUUAAAAUGGCAUACUCUGCAGUUUCCUUUCAGAAGGCCAGACAUCCCUGUGUUUGCAGAGGAGGAUUGCUCCGAAUGGUUGGAGAUCUGCAGUACUCCGUGCUUAUUUCUGAAUUAAGGCUCGCUAACUGUGCUUUAGUUCAUGUAAUGUAAUCAUUAAUUUCAUUUCAACUGUCUGUGACAUUUUAUUGUGUAGAUUGUGAACUAGGAUGCAUGCAUUUAAUGCAAAUCAAGGCUUUGUGUUAUCAUUUUUACAAUGUUAAGAUAACAGAAACCAGACACUUAAUGAAUAAACCUAGGUGCACUGUGGUGCAUAUGGUUUUGCACUAAUGAAUUAUUUUCUUAUUCUAUAUUUUUUACAGAAAUAAAGAUUUUCAUGUUAAA